ACGUCUUCGACGUGCUGACAGGCCGCUACGUCACACGGGAGGAGAGCGACGCCCAGACUGAGACUUUCGAGAACUCUGUGGACGCCAUGCUGUUCCUCCCACACGCGGCAGCCCAACGAUGAGAGGACUGCCACCCUCAUCACUGCGGGCAAUGAAGGGUGGAUUCGGCUGGUCACUCCACAACAAGGGUGGUCUGCUAGGCCAGUUCGCCGCCACGGAGCAAGUAGGAGAAAUGGUGUUGGCCAUGACAACCGACCCACAAAACGAGUUGCUCAUCACCGGCGACACACGAGGCUACGUUAGGGUGUGGGACCUGCUCCUCUACUGUAACAGAGAGGCCGAGUCUAUUUCCGAGACGGAGCUCGAAGCAAGAGACGAUGCCUUUCAUAAGAAAUUCCUCUUCCUUAGGUCUUCAUUCUUGAAAGACAAGAUAGCAGAAGGUAAGUAUAAUCGGCACAUAAGCGGCCGCCUCCAAUGGCGUCUAAGCCGGAGUUGACACUGAAGAUUCCACGGCUGUUGAAUGUGUUCAGAGCCCACGCCUUCCCCAUCACCUGUAUUACAUACGUGGCCGACCGUGAGCUGAUCAUCACUGGAGACCAAGGAAAAGCGGUACGAAUAUGGCUGCUGAGCGGCCGUUACAUCGGCACCUGCGGCGAACCCUGGCAAAGCCUCAUCAGUCCCCAGCAGAAGAUGGUCCAACUGCGUCACCUUCCUAGCGAACUACGGCACUGUCUUUCAGCGCGAACUUUUAAAGUCAUCCAAGUUGGGGCCAAACACCUGCUGUGGGACAAGGCUAUUAGACUAGUCAAGCAGCAUCUUCGAGGAAGACAGUAUAAAGAAAAAGUCACCGGAAAAGAAAAAAAAGAAGAGAAAACGAAGUCAUCAGAAAGUCUCGACCAGGAGUGGAGGAAUCCUAGAAGAAGCAGUAUAUUGGGCUCAACAUAUAAACCUAACCUUCACUACAAACCCCGCCCAGCCAUAUUCACCCAGAAUAACAUCAAGAAGUUUCCAGCUUUCCACACGUUGCCCAUCUACGACAUUCAAGAUAUACAGAAAAUCUCCAAGCCGCGCUUGACAUACCGACAGGAUGUUCAUCAAACCAUGAUCCCAUUACUGGACGAAAGCCAAAAGUUGUUUCAAGAAGUCUAGAACGGUGGCAUUGAAUAAAACGAACAACGCGAAGUUACCUCCCAUUGGCCUGAAAAAGCACAGGAUCUCUCCGUCGAUCAGCGAUCAGGUCUUUGAAGGUCUCAGCAGUCACAGUGGUACCAGCAGUCACCUGCCGUCAAUUGACGACCGCAGCGACGAUGGGAAAGCUGGUAUCUAGGAUUCCAUAUGAGAACUCCCCAUGCAAAGCGUCCUGCUGCUUACCUCCCUUUGUGGUACAAGGGGUUCACUAAGCCACGACUAAUGUGUGGUUGAUGAACAUCAAAGUACAUGGCUUUUUUCUAUAGAUGUUGAUGAAGAAAAGGAGAGGGGCUGAUUUUGUAGACCGAAAGACUGAAUAUUAAGCACUUUUUUUUGACUUUAAAAGUGAAAAUUAGUAUCUUGACUGAACACUAAGAUGUAUCACUAAAAACUGCUUCGCUGACCACUAAACACUCGUUUGACAUAACACUUAAACUUGUCGACUGGGCACUAAACAUAUGCUGACUGAACAAAAAUCUGUUCAAUUCAAUACUUAAGCGCUGACCAAUCACUAACCACUUGUAAACACUUGUUGGCCAAGCACUCAAAGCAUGUUGAAUGAACAGUGAACACUUGUUGACUAAGCAAAAAUAGUUGUUCAGUGACUCUACUAAAAACUGAACAGCUGUUGACGAAACACUAAACAGUUGUCAACUGAACAUUGAACAUGUGCUGACUAAAACUAAGCAUUUGUUUACUCAGCACUGAAGAUGUGUUGACAAAAGUCCUUGUGAUCAGAUGAGCAAAAUUUUAGGUUUCAUGCAGUCAGGCUCUCUGCUUGCAAGCAUGCUGUUGUGCGUGACUGGUAAAUAAUGAUAAAAAGAGAAAAUCACGUGACAUCCUACGUUAGUUUGUAUAGUAACUCUGUUGGGAAAAUACUUCUGUGUAAAUGCUAGCUCAUUGAUGCUGUUAUGAAAAAAACAUUUCAUGACAAUAUUGAGGGUCUCUAUACUGUUUAUAUUUUUUCAAGUCGAUAUUGUAAAGACUCUCAUGUUCUGUAAAGGAAAAUGUCAACUUGACAAACAUAUACAAUGGUCAUUUAUGCGUAGUCGUUACCGACAUAUUGUUCGCUAGUUUAGAAAAAUUUACUGAAGUAUUUAAAGUGUAUACAUUUAUAUAUUUUUUUAAUUUAUACAUUUAUUUUAUAUUUUGAAAGUUAUAUAUUCAUUACCAAGACAUCAAAGGGUGUUUUGAUAAAAUUUUAAGAAUAUUUGACUAAUUAAAACUUUUAGCCAGUGACUUUUUAUCUUAAUACAGAGAAUACUAAAUCGUGUCACAAAGGACGUUUGCGUGAGCGCACGCGUGUCUGUGUGUCAGAGAGCGAUGAUUUGAAUGAAGGCAAGCACAUUUGUAAAACUCAUUCUACAUCAAUUGACAAUGUGUGGAUUAUGCGAAUAUAAUGUGUGUAAAACACCUUGAGUUCCCCUUCAUUCACAAAUAAACUUUAAUAAUAAUCAUCAUAAUCAUAAUAAUAUAUUUAUUUUAAAUAUCUCGCUUCCAAACCCUCCUUUUCAAUGUUUUUCAUUGUUCAUGCCGAACCCGGAGCAUGCAGACAGAAAGCCGUACUAUCUUCUGAACUGUGACUGUUUAUUUGGAACGAAAGACAUUUGUAUAUUUACACAAUGUAUGCACAACCAAGUGAGUGCCUUGUUCUCUCAAUACCACAAUUCCUAAUAUCUUUUCCCUUCCUCUUAAUCCCUCUUUAUCCUUAGCCACCUAUUUAUUGCCAGGAUUUGCGUACACCCAUUGAACACUCGUAGAAAAACACACACACACACACAAAUUCAUGCUCAUACGCACAUAAUCACAUUCUCCGUACAUUCAUUUAUAGUUGCUUCAGUCAUCCGCUAAGACACAUAGACAUACUUAUCAUGUACAUAAAACCUUUUUGUCAAAGGCACACAACCUC